AUGGCAAAACCACCAACGUCAGACCCGGCUUUAUCACUACCAAAACCCCCUUCCCGCGACAAAAAAUGGCACCACCACAUCACCAUCGACCUCUUCCUCUCCGUUCUCAACCGCACCCUCCUCCACCCCUGGUUCGCCUGGAUGACCGUCCUCAGUCUCCGCGCCCAGGCAACACCCUACACAGACCUCUCUUUUAUCCUCGCAACAACCUACGCCUCCCUUCUGACAAUUCUUGCUCUCGCGCGCGCUGUGAACCACCGAAUCGCAUACGGGUUACCUCGAUCUGUGGAUCUGGGCGAGGAGGUUGUGGUUGUGACGGGGGGUGCGAGUGGGUUGGGUCUGCUCAUUGCGAGAAUUUAUGGGCUUAGGGGGGUUAGUGUGGCGGUUUUGGAUGUGAAGGAGGUUGCGGAGAUCGAGGGGUGGAGUGAUGAGGUUGCGGGGGUUGAGUAUUACAGGUGUGAUAUUGGGAGUCGGAGGGAGGUGGAGUGGGCAUUGGGAAGGGUUAAGAAGGAGUUGGGCACGCCAACAGUAUUGGUGAACUGCGCAGCAGCACAAAUCAACGGUCAAUCGCUCCUGUCCCUACCAGCAGAAGCCUUCCAGAGGACCAUCCGUACCAACUUGCUCGCCGUUUUCAAUACCUGUCAGGUGGUUCUGCCCGGUAUGCUAUCUGCUCCGAACGGCGGUACAAUCGUCAAUGUCAGCUCGGUCCUUGGACAGUUGCAUGCGGCAGGACUCUCCGACUACUCUGCUAGUAAAGCUGCUCUCAGUGCCCUGCACAAGACGUUGGAGGCUGAGCUGCGUGUCUCCGGGGGUUAUGAAAAGGUGAAGAUGCUGCUGGUUGAGACGGGCCAGUUGUCAACGCCGUUAUUUGACUGGAUCCAAACGCCGAGUAACUUCUUUGCGCCCAUUCUUGAACCAGUCCAAGUUGCUCAGGAGGUUGUGGCGGCUAUUGACGAGGGGAGAGGUGGUGUGAUCAGAUUGCCCGCUUUCGCUGCGCUUGCCAGAUGGUAUGCAGUGUUUCCUGCGGGUCUUCAACGAAUUGCUCGAUGGUUGAGUGGAAUCGACCAUGCUGUGGCCAAGGCAUCACCCGCCCGUCCUCCGUCUAACCGUGUAGCAGCACUUCAAAAUUUGCAGAGUGAUUCAGAAUCGGUAGACACGGACUGA